AUGUACGCCCUCCAACGAUUACUAUACGGAUUCCCCGAACCGGCUCCGCACAAACGCAGCAAGCCCGUCGAGGUACUUUGCCUGGGCUUACCACGUACCGGAACCGAGUCAUUAAGCGUGGGCUUGCGAAGUCUGGGUCUGCAAACAUAUCAUGGCUGGGAUUUAGUCUUCGAGCCAGAUGGCAGCAAGUUGCAACUCUGUAAUGAGCUACUGCGGCGGAAAUACAACGGUGCUCGCGAUGGCGACGUGCAGAUUACCAGCGCGGAGUUCGAUAUUCUCAUAGGUGAUAGCCAAGCUGUGGUUGACUCCUUAUGCCUCUUCUUUGCCCCCGAGCUGCUAGCCGCCUACCCAGAUGCUAAAGUGGUUCUCAAUUUGCGUCCCGAUAUGAAUGCCUGGUACCGCAGUAUCGACAAAACCAUCGUCCAAGGGGUCGAUCAAUCAUGGAUCAUGUGGGGAAUGCAAUGGUUCUCCUCGGAGUUUCAUUGGCUAUACAGUCUUUACUUAAGAUAUGGAUAUCCAUGCGUGUUCCACGGCGUCACCACCACAGAUAGUAUCCAGCAAAAUGCCAAGUGGGUCUAUCGUGACCACUGCAACAUGGUUCGGGGUAUGGUGCCUAAGGAUAAUUUGCUUGAGUGGUCCGUCGAGGAUGGCUGGGAGCCGCUUUGCAAGUUCCUCGACAAGCCUGUUCCUGACGAGCCCUUUCCCCACACCAAUACUCCGGGAAGUUACGCCGAGCGCGCAGAUGAACUCGUUAAAGGGCGCAUCAUUCAAUGUCUGCGCAACUUGACUCUCACGGCCGUGGCUCUAGGCGGGAUUACCACCGCCGUUGUAAUGUGGUGGCAGGGACGGAUCCCAGAGGCUACAGGGCUAAGCGAUCUCCUCGGGCGAUUCACAAAAAUCACCUAG